UCUCUGCAGACAGCAGGCAGGCAGCAGUGUUCAGUGUUAGGGGGAGAGUUGGAGGAGGAUGACACUCACACACUGACUGACUGCAGGGAUCUGAGGAAGACUAACCUGGAGAAAACCAGGACAAACUAAGGCUGACGGUGUGAUAAACGUGGGCUAAACCAGGCUAAAACCAAGUCAAAGAAGCAAGCAGGAUCCUUUCCAUAUAGCCUUGAUCCAAAAUCAUAGAAGCAAAUACACAGGAAUACAUCUCUCUGAGGCUUUACAGCGGCUGCAAGGUCAGUGAUGACAGUGCGGGGUGGGCAGCCGCCCUCUGCCCUGUGUGCGUGGGUGGUACUGCUCCUGUUGGUGGUCUCAGGUGAACCCUACCGGACCCCCUAUGACCAGGAACAAGACCAGAACAGAGACAGGGACAGUGAGACAACAAACCUCAGGACAGACCCUAGAACAGACCCCAGGACAAACACCAGGGUCUACCACAGAGAUGUCAGUGAAGUGAGGGGUAAAGACUGUCGGCGGUGUUGUGACCCUGGAGAGCAGCCCCCACAUCAUUAUUCCAACCCCCACUACCCACAACAGUACCAAGCGGUGCCACAGAUCAACAUCACCAUCCUCAAAGGUGAGAAGGGGGACAGCGGCCAGCGAGGACCGUACGGUAAAUCCGGUAAGUCUGGCCAAUCCGGUCCCCGAGGGCCCAACGGCAUCAGGGGCACCAAAGGGAGCAUAGGGACCCCGGGUGAACCCUGCAAGGCCCAGUACGCUGCUUUCUCCGUGGGCCGCAAGAAAGCCAUCCACUCCAACGACUACUACCAGACCUUAGUGUUCGACACCGAGCUCGUCAACCUCUACGGCCACUUCAACAUGUUCACCGGCAAGUUCUACUGCUACGUGCCAGGGGUCUACUACUUCAGCCUGAACGUGCACACGUGGAACCAGAAGGAGACGUAUGUGCACGUGAUGCAUAAUGAGAGGGAGGUGGUGAUCCUGUACGCUCAGCCCAGUGACCGGAGUAUCAUGCAGAGCCAGAGCCUGAUGCUAGAGCUGGAGAGAGAGGACCAGGUGUGGGUCAGGCUGUUCAAAGGGGAGAGAGAGAACGCCAUCUUCAGUGAUGACUUUGAUACCUAUGUCACUUUCAAUGGACACCUCAUCAAGCCAAAGAGCGAGGGAUAGGAGGAGGGGGACAGUUGCAUCUAUGUCCCAGGUGGCACCCUUUUCCAUAUAUAGUGCACUACUUUUGAGCAGAGCCAUAUGGGCCCUGGUCAAAAGUAGUGUACUAUAUAGGGGAGAAUAGGGUGCUAUUUGAGAUGUAGACAGGGUUGUGGGCUUGUGUGAUAUUAUGGACAUGUGUGAAACGAGAUGGAGACACAAUCAGAAGAGUGAUUGGUUCACAGUUCAUAGUAGAAUAUCUCCUUAAUUUUCUUAUUGUGUCUUUUAAUACAUGUAUUUUAUAUAACAUAAUCCAGAUAGCAAAAUAUAUAUUUUGAGAAGUAAACCAAGCCAAGUCUUAAUCUAGCAAAAACAUGUUGCACACACAGUCCAAUAAAGAUUGAGGAUCUUUUGGAUGUUUUGUCAGGAACCAAACAAAAUGAAUUCAAGAUCGUCACUGUUGUGUUGUUGAGUUUAAAGUGCCUUGAGGGUGUGAAGAAGUGUCCUGCAUCUGCAGCCAUCACAUAGCUGUACCCUUUGGCCAGUAAACCUUAAAAAGUACUCCAUGUCCCCUGGCAGCACUAAGUGUACAUCCCAAAUGGCACUCUACUCCAUAUAUUUUGCACUACUUUUGACCAGAACCCUAUGGAGCCUGAUGAAAAUUAGUGCAAUAAAUAGGGAAUGGGUGCCAUUUGGGAUGGAGACCAUUUUAUGAAUUAUGUAUUUUGUGUGAUGGAAAGUAUUAUAAUUCUUACCAAGUUUGCACUCAGAUAAACCAUAUGUUAGGUUAAGAGCACCCAUCAUAGCGUUCAAAUGCAGAGGUAGCGAUAGAACAUAUUUUUGAGUUACACAAAAAGGCUAUUAAAUUACACUGUAAACAUAUCCUAAAACAAGUAUUGAUAGGGCUUACCCAGGAAAAACUUCCAUAAAGGACCAGUUCACAGUGAACAGGAGAUGGAGCACUUUAUAUCUUGUUAUUCAGGCUUUAUUCCCUGACUGGAUGAACUACACAGGUAUACUUCAUAUAUCAUAAAACAUUUCAUACAACCUGGACUAGAUAAAGCAACAGGUGCUAGAAGUGAAUGAGACAAAGCAUGGCAUAGCUGUACAUUCAUUCACAUAGCUGCAUUCUGGUUGUUCAGUGACUGUGGACAUUCAAAACCUGAAACAAACCUCUUUCCAUUCAGAUAGAAAAGGUCACUCCAUUUCUGCAGUGUUGUCUGUCUGACAUUUGUAGACUGUAGUCAGCCCUGUCUGUGGAGUUAUUGUACUAGGGUGGGGUUGCCCUUUGAUUAUUUGAAUAAAAAACCCAGCGCCAAUAUUGACAACAUUGGUCCAGUGUGGAUGUAACCCAGUCUCCAUAAUACAACAAUAGACUCAGAUUUACUGAAGAUACAAUAUCAGUUUAGCAAAAAUGGAAAUGAUAAUCGCAUAGGGCAAAAUCAGUUACAUAUACAAUAAUAAUACUACAUGGUGCUUUAACUGUUCAAUGGUGCUGUUUAGAUUUGAGCAACAAUCAAUAUAUAUAUAUUAUUGAGUUAUGCAAAGUAUUUGAUAUAUACUAUGUUUUUAGUUUUUUUAUAUAAUGUAUUGUCAAUAAAAACGUGUUAGACCUCAGUGGUGUAGAAAAUAUCUACCAAAAUAUGAAAUACUUAAACAAAAUAUUUUUCCACAAGCCAGUAUUCACUUUCCAUGAAACCUUGAGUCAUUGAAAAUGUCCAGGGUGGUUUCAGAAAUAUUAUAUUUGUAUACGAGUUGACGUCCCUAGAGCUCACUGUUAACUGCCAAGGCCCCAUUCCAAACCAAACCCCCACACCCUAUCCCUGCAUCUUAGUUGGGCCCUGUUCAAAACCAAACCCCCACACCCUAUCCCUGUGCCCUAGAUGGUCCAUGUUCCAAACCAAAACAAACCCUCACAACCUAUGUCCUAGUUGGGCCCCGUUCCAAACCAAACCCUUAUACCCAAUCAAUGGGUCCUAGUUAGGUCCUUGUGCAAACCAAACCCUCACACAUUUUUAACAUUUAUAUUUUAGUAGACAAUCUUAUCUAGAUCUACUUAAUGAGUGCAUAUAUUUUCAUACUGGUCCACCAUGGGAGUCAAACCCACAAUGCUUUCAUGCUCUACCAACGAUCCAUGGGUCUUAGUUGACUAUCCCUCAUGGUUCUGAAGGGCCUCUUUUCAAACCAAACCAUCACAUGAAAAGAUGAUCUAGGGAGAAAGGCCAGAUAUUGAAUUUGGUCUGGAAUUAGAUCCCAGGAAAUACUUAGCCGAGACCAGAAUUGCCAUAAAAUGUUUUAGUGCCUGCAGACAUACAUGUUUUCUAUAGUAAACUGUUUGACUAAGGCUGUUCAGCCACUAUGCAUUGUUUAAAAGUAGUUUUGAUACAAUCAAGUUGAGUAUGUAUAUGGACCAUAUUCAUUAAAAAGACAAAUAAAUAAUGUUCUGUUGUUUGA